GGAUUGAUCUCACUACUGAAAGCCUAUUCAAGUACCCUGAGAGAUGUCCCUGGUCCAUUUUUUGCCCGUUUCACUCGUCUCUAGGAAUUUUACCAUGCGGCCUGGCGGGAAGAUUCCGAAGUUGUACUCCAGAACCUCCAUCGGAAGCAUGGCAGGCAACAUUGUCCGCGUAGCACCCAAUCGGUAUAGCAUCACAGAUCCCGCGGCGGUCCAAUUAAUAUACGGCGCUGGCUCCAAGUUCGCGAAAUCUGACUUCUACUCCUCUUUUGGAGGCACGAACGCUCAUGACAGAGAUGUCUUCUCUGAGAUGGACAUCAAGAAACACGCGCAAAAACGAAGAAUUCAAGCCAAUUUCUACGCAAAUUCUACUCUACUCUCCUACGAGCCCUUCGUUGACCAGACCAAUGAGCGUUUCGUGCAGACUUUGGAUCGACUGGCCGAAGAAGGCAAACCAUUUGACCUUUUCACCUGGAUGCAGCUGUACGCUUUCGAUGUCAUUGGCGAAUUCACGUUCGGUCGCUCGUUCGGGCUGAUCGAAUGUGGCUACGACAAAGACCAUCUUCUGCACACAGUGGACUGGCUAAAUAAUCGCUGGGGUGGGCGAGUCGGUCUGAUCCCUGAAUUACAUGUGCUCUGGAGGCUGGUCAUGAAGUACAUUCCUAGCAUCCAUCCACUUUCCACCUUGUACAAGGUCAUCGGCAGAGAGGUGAAAGCCAGGUUCGAAGGGAAAGCUGACCCGACCGAUCGAGAAGACAUGAUGGGCAAAUGCAUCAAGUCUAUCGGCGCAGGCAAGAUGAGCAGGUAUUCGAUGCAAGAGAUUGUAGCUCAGAAUUUCGGCGCAGGCUCUGACACGACUGCGACUGCCUUGAGCGCCACGAUAUGGUUUCUCGCACAGAAUACCAGGUGCUUGGAGAAGCUCCGCGCGGAUUUGGAAGAGGCGGCUGAAGCAGGCAAUCUAUCUGAUCCGGUCACCUUCGCUCAAGGCCAAAAGCUCACUUACCUGCAAGCGUGCAUGCAAGAAGCACUUCGUCUGCACUCGCCAGUCGGAAGCACACUCUAUCGAGUGGUGCCCGAAGGAGGAGCGACAAUAGCAGGGAAAUACUUUCCAGCAGGAACACAUGUAGGCGUCAAUCCUUGGGUGAUCUAUCACAUACCGGAUAUUUGGGGCGACGAUGUUCUCGAGUUCAAGCCUGAGCGAUGGUUCGGAGACACUUCCACGAUCGACAAAUCUUUCUUAGCUUUCGGAGGCGGUGCAAGGACCUGCAUCGGUAGACACAUUUCCAUGCUCGAGAUGUCGAAAUUACUGCCCACAAUCAUUCGCAAGUUCGACUUCACGCCAGCACAGGACACGGGUUUGGAGUGCAGGAGCGGCUUCUUCACAAAGCCGACUGUGAAGGUGACGAUCAAGAGAGUUGAUGAGAAGUAGAACAGCAUUCUAGUCGCCCGCCCGGCUAGCCACACGCGAUUUCUUCCCUCAAGAUCCGCAUGGCAAGACUGCUUCCAGCACAGCAUAAGUCUCUGCAAAUAACGAAGCGUCGUACCGAGUUUCCGGCACAUGAU